CCAGAGACCUGAGCAGGAAUGAGAGCAAGGGAGACAGACGCGGGGCUGACCGCCAUGGCUUUCCUCGCUGGGAAAAGCCUCGAGCAGGCUCGGGCUGGAGCGGAGGCCAGAUGGGUCUCCUCGCGCGGCCAACCGCCGACCCGCAGCCCGCGGCUGGCUCCGCGGCGCCCGCGCGAGAAGCUUCUUCUACCUCUCGGAGAAGCUCUUCACCAGCAGCCACACGAUGAGCGGCAGGUUCUCGCGCUCGUUGUAGGUGGGCAAAAGGACCGAAUACUUGUCCUGUCGCGAGGAGCGGCCCUGCGGCGGUCGCUGAGACGCAGCACCGCUGCGACUCGCCCCUGUGGAGGCCAUGACGGGUCUGCGCGAGGCACCGGAAGCGGAAUUACGUCACCCGCGUGGGUCGUACCAAAUUCCGGAAACUGAGGGAGUCUUGGCCUCCGUGUGGUUCCCUGGAAAUACUCAGAUUCUAUGACUGUUUCAAGUUGACUCUGAAGCUUUCAUCAGGAAACACCCCUUCGUUUCAUUUCCUCAAACUCGAGGAAGCGUCUUAGUCGUCCAGUCGCCAAGAGACGGGUAACCGGAAACGGAAGUCACUUCCCGGAUAUUUCCGGAAGAGGCUGUCAUGGCUGCCCAGGAGGACGUAGCGGCCUUACAGGGUGAAAUUGCCCGGCGUGAGGAAGAGCUGGCUUCGCUGAAGCGGAGGUUGACUGCAGCCCUGGCGUCGGAGUCGGAGCCCGAGCGUCCGGUCCCGUUGUCGCCGCUGAUCCCCAAGGCCGCCCUGUCGCGGGAUGAGAUCCUACGCUACAGCCGUCAGCUGCUGCUGCCCGAGCUGGGCGUGCGCGGUCAGCUGCGCCUGGCGGCCGCUUCGGUGCUGGUGGUGGGCUGCGGCGGGCUGGGCUGCCCGCUGGCUCAGUACCUGGCGGCGGCCGGCGUGGGCCGUCUGGGCCUGGUGGACCACGACGUGGUGGAGACGAGCAAUCUAGCCCGUCAGGUGUUGCACGACGAGGUGCUGGCGGGCCAUGCUAAGGCUUGGUCGGCGGCCGCCGCGCUGCGCCGCCUCAACUCGGCGGUGGAGUAUGUGCCGUACGCGCGCGCGCUCAGCGAGGCUUGGGCGCUCGACCUGGUCCGCGGCUACGACGUGGUGGCCGACUGCUCCGACAACGUGCCCACGCGCUACCUGGUGAACGACGCGUGCGUGCUGGCAGGCCGGCCGCUGGUGUCUGCCAGUGCGCUGCGCUUCGAGGGCCAGAUGACGGUCUACCACUGCGACGGCGGGCCCUGCUACCGCUGCGUGUUCCCGCGGCCUCCCCCGGCGGAGACGGUGACCAACUGCGCCGACGGCGGCGUGCUCGGAGUGGUGCCCGGCGUGCUGGGCUGCGUGCAGGCGCUGGAGGUGCUCAAGAUCGCCGCGGGGCUCGGGACGUCCUACAGCGGCAGCAUGCUGCUCUUCGACGGCCUCGGGGGCCAUUUCCGCAGGAUCCGCCUGCGUGGCCGCCGGCCGGACUGUGUCGUGUGCGGUCAGCAGCCCACCGUGACCCGCCUGCAGGACUACGAGGCCUUCUGUGGCUCCUCGGCCACGGACAAGUGCCGUGCCUUGAAGCUCCUGAGCCCCGAGGAGCGGAUUUCUGUGACUGAUUACAAGCGGCUUCUGGAUUCCGGAGCGCCCCACAUCUUGCUGGACGUCCGGCCUCAAGUGGAGGUGGACAUCUGUCGUCUGCCGCACGCCCUCCACAUCCCUUUGGAUCAGUUGGAACGCAGGGAUGCCAACAGCCUGAAGCUUUUAGGGGAUGCCCUCCGGGACGGGAAGCAGGAUUCGCAGGAAGGAGAACCUGUCUCCGUGUAUGUGAUUUGCAAACUGGGGAACGACUCCCAAAAAGCCGUGAGGGUCCUGCAGUCCUUAAAGGCAGUGCCAGAGCUAGACUCUGUAACCGUUCAGGAUAUUGUAGGGGGACUCAUGGCCUGGGCCACCAAAAUUGAUGGGGCAUUUCCACAGUACUGAGGGGACAGCAUGUGAUAUUCGUGGAUGGUUGUGAUAACCUUGAGGAUCCAUUUAUUCGAACCUUUCCAGUAAUGUGAGGAAGAGCCUGGGUCCACAGUUUCAGAACAAAUGGACUCUCUUUUGCAAAGAGCUUUUUGAGAAAACAGGAUAAAAUUGUUUCUGAGAGCUGCUUUGUGUUUUGGGCACUUGUACAGUACCUUCAACAUAUGCCAUGGAAUGUGACAGACAGUGUUUAUGUUUCCCAUCUAUUCCAAUCAAAAUAUUCUCUGGACCAUCAAUUUUAUACGUGGAAUUAAGAUGCAGUUUUA